CAGAGCCUUUCAACCAUUCCACAGAAGCUCUCCCAGUUUCCAAGCCGGACGCAACAAUACUUCCUCAACGUCCGGAACCGCCUCAACAGCCUUAUGCCUCAAGAUGCCUAAGAAACACAUACAACAACAGCAAAAACAAGACAAGAAUCAGCAAGAUGUUGAACUAAACCGACUCGUCCGACACUCCCCUCUACCUCCACCUCAUCAUCCUCAGCUCCGGUCCCGCUCACCAUCUCCAUCCUCCCCCAACGGUAGUGCCCUCGAAUUGCCCAAUGUGCCAUCCUACCCACGCCUGCCGCCAAUUGUGAGCCCCCCAUCAGAGCAGCUCAACUCACUGUCCCGCCAGCUGUCAGGUCUCUCUAAUCCGGCGUUCUUCAUUGAAGAUGAGUCAGAUGUUUCAGCAAUAAGACCCACAGAGAGCUCUAGCCUCAGCCUUCGUCCGGCCGUCAAUGUAGAGGAUGUCGACUCAGACAAUGAGAGAGGAAAAGAAGGAGGAGGGGGAGGUGAGGGACAGAGCAAUAUCCCUCAAAUCCUCGCUCCCCAGGACCCGAAACUUACGACCCUCACUGUCCCUGUGACUCCUUCUGGAGGUCGUCAAAGUAAAGGAGAUAAAGAUAGUGGAAGGAAUCGUAGGACUAUCUGGACAAAGAUUCGGAGACUGCACUCCCAAAGUGAAGAUGAUGAUGAUGAAGGAAGCACCCCUGUCAGAGCCUGGCCCAGCCAGUCCAGCCUGCACAGCACAGAUGACAUACUGAAAGAGCGUCCUGCGUCUUCAGCCAGUCAGACCAGUACAGUGGUCAACGAGCGUCUUCAGGAGCUGGUCCGGAUGUUUAAAGAAAGAACUGAGAAGGCAAAGGAGAAACUCAUUGAACCUGACAGCUCAGAUGAAGACAGCAUUGUCCCCUCUCCUCCUCAGGCUCCGGCUCCAGCUCCUCCACCUGCUCCUGAAACUCAGCCAUUGGACGUCGAAGCGAAGGAGGCACAAGCAGGUCCAUCAGGAAAAAGUGGAUGGAUACGAGCCUGUAUACACUACCGUUUCCCCGCCAGCAUCGACCCUUUCACCAACCUAAUGUAUGUGCUGUGGAUGUUAUUGGUCUCUCUGGCAUGGAACUGGAACGCGUGGUUCAUCCCAGUCCGCUGGGCCUUCCCCUACCAGACUCCAAACAACAUUUACUACUGGUUGCUGACCGACUACCUCUGUGACCUCAUUUACAUAUUGGACAUUACCAUUUUCCAACCGCGGCUGCAGUUUGUUCGUGGAGGGGACAUAGUGUGUGACAAAAAAGACAUGAGAAAGAAUUACAUGAAAACCAGACGCUUUAAAUUUGAUGUAGCCAGCCUUGUUCCCCUGGAGCUCUUCUAUUUUAAAACUGGCAUCAACCCUUUGCUUCGCUUGCCCAGGCUGCUGAAGAUCAACUCCUUCUUUGAGUUCAAUGAGCGUCUGGAGGCCAUCUUGACCAAAGCCUACAUCUACAGGGUGAUCCGUACCACCACCUAUCUUCUUUACUGUCUCCACUGUAAUGCUUGUCUAUACUACUGGGGCUCUGCCUUCAAUGGGCUAGGAUCAACCAAGUGGGUGUACAAUGGCAAGGGCAACAGUUACAUCCGCUGUUACUACUUUGCGGUGAAGACCCUGAUCACCAUUGGUGGUUUGCCAGACCCUACCACCCUAUUUGAGAUUGUCUUCCAGCUCAUCAACUAUUUUGUCGGAGUUUUUGCCUUCUCUAUCAUGAUUGGACAGAUGCGUGAUGUGGUUGGUGCAGCCACAGCGGGUCAGACCUACUACCGCACAUGUAUGGACAACACUAUUCAAUACAUGUCCUCCUAUCACAUCCCCAAAGACGUCCAGAACCGUGUCAAAACCUGGUACAACUACACCUGGCAAUCACAAGGCAUGCUAGAUGAGCAGGAGUUGCUGACUCAGUUGCCAGAUAAAAUGCGUCUGGACAUCGCUGUAGAUGUCAACUACUCCAUCGUCAGCAAAGUCCCUCUUUUUCAGGGUUGUGAUAGACAGAUGAUCUUUGACAUGCUGAAAAGCCUCCGCUCCGUUGUAUACCUGCCUGGGGACUAUGUCUGCAAAAAGGGUGAGGUGGGUCGCGAGAUGUACAUCAUAAAAGCGGGGGAGGUGCAGGUGGUUGGAGGACCUGAUGGGAAGACAGUGUUUGUCACUCUCAGAGCAGGAUCAGUCUUUGGAGAGAUCAGUUUGCUUGCAGUAGGCGGGGGUAACAGACGCACAGCAAAUGUAAUCGCCCAUGGCUUUGCAAAUCUCUUCAUCCUGGACAAGAAAGACCUGAAUGAAAUUCUGGUGCACUACCCCGAGUCCAAGAAACUGCUCCGCAAGAAGGCCAGGAAAAUGCUUACUAAGGGAAAGAAACCUGAGCCCAAAGAAGAGGCUAAAGAUCCCCCUCAGGUCCCGGCAGCCCCCGUUAGGACGGAGACCCCCAGAUUGCUGAGAGCAGCCCUGGAGAUGACAGAGAGAUCCACUGGACUUAAAGGAGCGCUGGCUAAAGUCAAAGAAAAGUCCAACAAGUCUAUUAUCUCAUUACAGCCCUCUAUCUCCUCAUCCCUGCCUCCUCCAUCUCCCACCUCCAGCUCCGGACCUGACAGAGACGUGGACACGCCAUCACCUAGCUCUGCAAUGUUUCGCUCGGCUUCCCGUUGCCGCAACAACUCUGUGACGCCUCGCUCUGCUUCACAGUGCCAGGGCGACGCAGACGAAGCGCUUGCCGUGGACCAAAGUGAGGAAGGUGUCAGUGAGGUAGAAGGUAAUGAGGGUGGGAAGAGGAAGGAAAAGAAGUUGUGAUAACUCUUUAACGGACAAUGGAAGGAGGAGAACAUCAAAAGAAAAGAAGUGGUUCCGGUGAGGACUGGAUGUUUGUCCUUAAGGGGAAAAUGUAAAUUGGAGUAAUCAAGGGGAAAUAAAGAAAGAAUCAAGUAUAUCUGCUAUUAACUGACAGAAUGGUUGAAUGAAACAGAGAGGACAUGUUGUAAAUAAACACAAUGUCCAAAUCUGGUGAAAUAUAAAGGUAGUACUGUAUUCCACUCCAUAGCACACUAUCUGCAGUAGUUGGCCGUUGUAAUGUACCUGGAAAACUUAAAUAACUGGUAUAUAUAGCCACUAUUCUGUCACAGUGCAGGAUGAGCCAUUUUUUCCAGGCCCACUUCAUCUUGAGGGCGUUCCUGUCUGUCCGUGGUUCUGAACCAGUGGAAAGUACAGCUUCUCUGUUCAUUUUAAUCUCUCAUUGCUUUGCAGUCUCCUUUCAGCCUCCACCCACUGUGUUCACCUUUUAUUAGACGUAGGAGCAAGCCAUUCCUUGCCUAGUUACUCUUCGGAAUUCACAUUUCCAUCAUCUACGCUGCGUUCACAUGACUGAAUUCAAUGUAGCGAUGAUGAUGAGUGAAUUCUGUGUAGGAUGGCAUACUUAAGCCAUACCAGUUUAUAGUCAUUUCUACAGAACCUCUUCUCUUCUUGUCUUUCUCAAACAUACAAAAUGUUUUUGCUGUUGUUG